UUGUUUUGAUUUCUGAACGUUAGCUUUUGACUUUGAUUUUCAAACUCCAUCUAUGAUUAUGGAAAUUUAUAUAUGGAUUUUGGUGUUUGGCAGACGUGAAAAAUGGGGUUGUCUUUCACAAAGCUAUUCAGCCGGCUUUUUGCCAAGAAGGUGAUGCGCAUUCUGAUGGUUGGUCUUGAUGCUGCUGGUAAAACCACCAUACUUUACAAGCUUAAAUUGGGAGAGAUUGUCACUACCAUUCCUACCAUUGGAUUCAAUGUUGAGACCGUGGAAUAUAAGAACAUCAGCUUCACUGUUUGGGAUGUUGGUGGCCAGGACAAGAUCCGACCAUUGUGGAGACAUUACUUCCAAAACACACAAGGACUUAUUUUUGUGGUUGAUAGCAAUGAUCGUGAUCGUGUGGUUGAAACUAGAGAUGAGUUGCACAGGAUGUUGAAUGAGGAUGAGUUGAGGGAUGUUGUCCUGCUAGUAUUUGCAAACAAGCAAGAUCUUCCAAACGCAAUGAAUGUUGCUGAGAUUACCGACAAGCUUGGCCUUCAAUCUCUCCGCAAGCGCCACUGGUACAUCCAGAGCACAUGUGCCACUUCUGGUGAAGGUUUGUACGAGGGACUGGACUGGCUCUCAAACAACAUUGCGAACAAGGCAUAGAUGGCAUAAUUGAGUUGUCAGGCACAAUCUGCUGUCCUGGAUGUUUUAUCCCGUUCAAGAGUUUUGUUUUUCCCCAU